UACCCGAUAGGAGGCGCUGGAGCGAGCGGGCGGGGUCUGUCUCCUUCAGUCAGUGAGCUCUAGAGCCGCCCGCAGCCGCCGAGGGAGGCUGGGUUCCUCUGAGGAGCCUGUGAGAGGAGCGAAAUCCCAAGCGCUCGAGCAUGGCGGUGCAGGAUGAGGGAAUGUCGUCAUUGCCUCAUUGUCUUUGCUCAUAGACAGAAAAACCACCCUUGACUUGUUUUUACUGUGUGCUACUUCCCUGUUGAUUUCACAUCUCUUCAUUAACGUUAACUUUGGUAGCGAUACAGAACAAGAUGGAAUAGCCCCAGAAAAAUCAUCCCCAGAGAGAGAGAAGAAAAAGGAACAGUCAGAUGCAUCUAAUUCUCCUAGAACCUCAAAACAUCAUUACUCAAGAUCGCGUUCACGAUCAAGGGAAAGAAAACGGAAGUCAGAUAACGAAGGAAGAAAACACAGAAGCCGGAGCAGAAGCAAAGAGAACCAACUUCUUCUUAAAACAGGCAAGAAGACACGAGUCCAAAGAAAAGUCUUCUAAGAAACACAAAUCUGAGGACCACAGUGAAAAAGAACACUCUUCUGACAAGGGAAGAGAGAGCCUAAAUUCAUCUGAAAAUGGUGAGGACAGACACAAACGCAAAGAAAGGAAAUCCUCAAGGGGCAAAAGUCAUUCAAGAUCCAGGUCUCGUGAAAGGCGUCACCGUAGUAGAAGCCGUGAUAGAAAAAAGUCACGGUCUCGAAGCAGAGAGAGAAAACGCCGUAUAAGAUCUCGUUCCAGAUCAAAAUCUAGACACAGACAUAGAAGUAGAAGCAGAAGUAGGACUAGGAGCAGAAGCCGAGAAAGAAAGAAGAGAAUUGAAAAACCCCGAAAGUUCAGCAGGAGUCACAGCCGAAGUCCAAGUCCGCCACCUUUUAGGGGGCGAAACACAGCAAUGGAUGCACAGGAAGCAUUAGCCAGAAGGUUGGAAAGAGCAAAGAAAUUGCAAGAACAGAGAGAGAAAGAAAUGGUUGAAAAACAGAAACAACAGGAAAUCGUUGCUGCAGCUGCUGCCACUGGGGGGUCUGUCAUCAAUGUUGCUGCUCUUCUGGCAUCAGGAACACAAGUAACUCCUCAAAUAGCUAUGGCAGCUCAAAUGGCAGCACUACAAGCAAAGGCGCUGGCAGAGACUGGAAUAGCAGUACCCAGCUAUUAUAACCCAGCAGCAGUGAACCCGAUGAAGUUUGCUGAGCAGGAGAAAAAGCGGAAAAUGCUCUGGCAAGGGAAAAAAGAAGGGGAUAAAUCACAAUCUGCAGAAAUAUGGGAGAAAUUGAAUUUUGGAAACAAGGACCAAAAUGUCAAAUUCAGAAAACUAAUGGGCAUUAAGAGUGAAGAUGAAGCUGGUUGUAGUUCAGUUGAUGAAGAAAGUUAUAAAACUCUGAAGCAACAGGAAGAAGUAUUCAGAAACCUGGAUGCACAAUAUGAGAUGGCACGAUCACAGACUCACACACAAAGAGGAAUGGGAUUGGGGUUUACAUCUUCAAUGCGAGGAAUGGAUGCAAUUUGAAAAGAACAUGAUUUUAAAGUCUGGGACUUUGUGAAUGAUUCCUGUUCUGAGGUUGGGUCCUUGUUCACCAAAAAGCUAGCAUUCUAGCUUGCAUGGGUGUUGCAUUGACUUUAAUUUAUUGAAAAAGUACAAUUUUUCUGUAAAUAUGAGAUCAGUGAUACUGGUGUUAGUGUUGUAAUCAGGUUAUACCCACUUCCAUUAAACUUGACAGAACUAUAGAAGGACAGUAUUUUUUAGUUAAAGUUCUACUUUUUCAAACAAAGCAGCAGCUGGGAUAAACUCAUACAUGGAUAUUUCGUGUCCAUUGUCUUGUGUACUUUUGUACUUUAACCUUGUACAGUUAUUUUCAACUCUUGAAACAUGAAAGAAACAUUGUGUAGAUGUUAUCUAGCAGAUUGGCCAAUUGGCACAUUAAUCCAGUGCAAAAACCUGGUUAAUAAACAUGUUUUUCUCUAAA